UAGGAAACCAACCAAACAGCCCCUAAGUUUCUCAAAGGGCCUAUUUGCAAACUUUGUCCUCCACUGAGCACUCAAGUGGGCCCCAUGUCGCCACCUCCAACCGCCGGCGUUCUUCAAUCUCCAAAGACCAGAGAACGGCGAGCAAACAAUAUUUAAAGGAGAGAACUUCCCGCAUUUUUAACGCCCGGCCCAAUUUCGAUUGAAAAUUCUUUUUGAGUUCAUGACUCAUUUUGUUUACUAGGUUAAAGAUUCAGAAUGGCGAUUGCGAUUUGGGCCAAUGCACCUUUGCAAUGUGCUCCGCCUUGCUGUUCGAUUUCUCGCAGAAAUUGGCAGUUAAAGUUUUCUGCCAAUAGUUUCAAUCUCAAGAGAAAAUGCUUGUUCAUCAACAAUGGCUAUGGCUCACUCCCCGUCAAAUUUCAAGCAAUCACGGGUGAUUCUGGGGAUCCUGAGCUCAUCGAAGAUGGAAAUCCUUUGUCAUCCGAACUCGAACAAGCAAAAAUUGCGUUAAAGGCAACCGAGGAAGAGAGAUCUCGACUAAUGGAAGAGUUAGCGAAAUCAGAAGUUAAGAAUCAUGAGUAUGCUUCUAUAAUAAAGCAUGACAAGAUAUUAGCACUCGCAGAACUUGAAGCUGCGAAAUCUCUGUUCAAUACGAAACUAGAGGAAUCAAUCAAGGAGAAAUUUGCAUUAGAAUCUAAAUUGGUACUUGCGAAACAAGAUGCUGUUGAGCUUGCAGUCCAAGUUGAGAAGUUAGCAGAGCUUGCUUUCAAGCAAGCGACCUCUCACAUAAUACAGGAUGCACAGUUGAGAGUAUCUGCUGCUGAGAUUUCUGCGGCAGAAACAGCUCGUAGCAUGGAGGAGCAAAUGAGGAAAACCACCGAGGGGACACUAUCUGCGAUUGUUGAUCAGUCUACAGAUGCAGUAAACAAAGCAUUGUAUGCUGCAGAACAAGCCAGCAACCAAGCGAGAAAAUCAGUGGCAGCUAUUACUGGUGACAGAAAUUUGAUGGAUGAGGUUCAAGAUGUUAGAGCUAAGAAUGUUGAAUUGGAGAAUUCCAUUAGUGAUCUAGAAUGUCAAUUGUUGAUUACAAAAAGUGAGGUGGAUAGAUUGAAGUCGGAACUUGACCAAGCUUUGGCACGAGCAAAAGCUUCUGAUCUUCGUGCUGCUUCUGUAGAAAAAGCCCUGGCGGAGCUUCAAGAGGUGGCUAAGAAAAGAAAUUUCCAAAAGGAUGAGUUGUUCAAGAGUUUGCUCAAUAAAAUGAAGAAAGAAGCGGCUGAGAGGGAAAAGGCGGCUGUAAAAGCUUUUGAGAGCGAACUUGAGGCUAUCAUUGCUGCUGUGCAGGCAGCUAACGAAACUGCACGUUUGAAAGACCAAGCAUAUACGAGGAGAUAUGCUGCUUUGCAGAGAUCACUGCAGGCAUCUGAGGCUGCUUCUGAAGUUUGGAAACAGAGAGCUGAAAAUGCUGAGUCAAUCUUGCAUGGGGAAAGAUCAGGGGAAGAAAACUAUGUGAUUAAUGGUGGAAGGAUUGAUCUUUUGACCGAUAAGGAUUCACAAAAGUGGAAAUUGCUUGCAGAAGGUCCUCGAAGAGAGAUACCUGAAUGGAUGGCUCGUAGGAUUAGGUCAAUCUGUCCGAAAUUUCCACCAAGAAAAGUCGAUAUUUCAAAAGCACUUUCAGCUAAAACCCUGUCUUUAAACUUGCCAAAGCAGGAUGAAGUUUGGUCAAUUGCACAAGAAAAGCCAAGGGAGUCUGAUAUGCUGGUCGAUCAUGUGUUUGAGAAAGAAAUUAUAGAGAAGAAGCGAAAAGCUCUGGAGCGUGCAUUACAGAGGAAAACUGUAAAAUUGGAACUGGUUCCUGAACAACCGAAGUUAGAACCUGGAACUGGCACUGGGCGUGAGAUUGUGUUUCAAGGUUUCAAUUGGGAAAGCUGGAGAAGGCAAUGGUACCUGGAGCUAGCUCCUAAAGCUGCAGACUUGUCGCACUGUGGGAUUACUGCAGUGUGGUUACCACCACCAACAGAAUCUGUUGCUCCUCAAGGUUAUAUGCCUUCUGAUCUCUACAAUUUGAAUUCUGCCUAUGGGACUGUGGAGGACCUUAAACAGUGCAUUAAUGAAAUGCAUGCUCAAGAUCUUCUGGCCUUGGGAGAUGUGGUACUUAACCAUAGAUGUGCUCAUAAGCAGAGUCCAAAUGGGGUGUGGAAUAUCUUUGGUGGUAAGCUUGCAUGGGGACCUGAAGCAAUUGUCUGUGAUGAUCCAAAUUUUCAAGGGCGUGGAAAUCCAUCGACUGGUGAUAUUUUCCAUGCAGCUCCCAAUAUUGACCACUCUCAAGAAUUUGUACGAAGAGACAUCAAGGAAUGGUUGAACUGGCUUCGUAAUGAUAUUGGUUUUGACGGGUGGCGCCUGGACUUUGUUAGAGGUUUCUCAGGUGGGUAUGUGAAGGAAUACAUUGAGGCUUCAAAUCCUGCUUUUGCUAUUGGAGAGUAUUGGGAUAGUUUGGCUUAUGAAGGUGGAAACCUAUGUUAUAAUCAAGAUGCUCAUCGGCAAAGAAUUGUUAAUUGGAUCAAUGCCACUGGAGGCACCUCAUCUGCAUUUGAUGUCACAACAAAGGGCAUUCUCCAUUCUGCGUUGCAUAAUCAAUACUGGAGACUAAUAGACCCACAAGGGAAACCAACAGGGGUGAUGGGAUGGUGGCCCUCACGUGCAGUCACCUUUCUAGAGAAUCACGAUACAGGAUCUACCCAGGGACAUUGGCCAUUUCCACGGGAUAAGCUUGCGCAGGGAUAUGCAUAUAUUCUCACUCAUUCUGGAACGCCUGUGAUAUUCUAUGAUCACUUCUAUGACUUUGGUCUCCGUGACACAAUCACUGAGCUGAUCGAGGCUAGAAGGCGAGCUGGAAUACACUGCCGGAGCACAGUCAAGAUAUAUCAUGCAAAUAAUGAGGGUUAUGUUGCUCGAAUUGAUGAGAGCCUUGUGAUGAAGAUCGGACACUUUGAUUGGAACCCCUCGAAAGAGAACAAUUUGGAUGGAACUUGGCAGAAGUUCAUGGAUAAAGGGUCAGAUUAUCAAAUCUGGUUGAGACAAUAAGAGCUAUAAUUCCUGUAAGAUAGACUGUUAAGUUAUCGACAACUCACAUAGUCAAGAAUGUACCCUUUGUGUUACUUAAGAAAAAUAGUUAAAUAUAAUGCCACAAGUCAAGCAGACGUGAAUAAAGUACUUUGGGAAUAUGUGUAAAGAGUCGUAUUAGGGGAUUAGAUGUCUAUUAAUGAGAUUUUUUUAAAGCUCAAUUAUAUAUGUUACAACAUUUUUUGA